CUGAAUCACUGUUCAUGAGGAUCUGGAAUAUGCAACUCUUGGAGUCUUCAUCCAAAGAGGACCGCAGAUGUUUGCAGCGAACAGUGCUGAGUAAGGGAGAGACAAGGAGGGACGCCUGCAUGAAGACUGAGCUGCUGAAAGAUAUCACCAACAAUAAAGAGGAAGGAUUUAAUGCCAUGGCUGCAGAUGAAAGUGCUGCAGAAAAGCAAGCGGGGGAACCAAAAAUGGCCAUAGAUGGUGAAACCAACGGUUCCUGUGAGCACAGCGAAGCUGGGAGCCACCCAAACCCAGCUAAAAACACUCAGGACAAUACGAAAGUGAGCCAGCAGGACUCGAGUACUAAAUUAAAUAGGAUAGCAGAAAAUGGCAUUUCUGAACGAGACGGUGAGACUGGGAAGCAAAACCAUAUGAAAGCUAAUGACUUCACACAGACUUCUGUAACGGGGAGCAAUGGAUUUAUUUUAACGAAGCAGAUGGCACAGGAGCAACCUCUAAGGACUACCAGCACCUUUGCUUCCCUCACCGGCCAUGCUGCAAAAACCCUUCCAGGAGGAGCAAGCAAGGGGAGAACUGUGGGCACCUUUUCUCAGAUGCAAGCCACGAUGCCAACCAAGUUCGGGGAGGGCAGUAAGGACAUGGAUGCUAAAAAAGCCACCGCUGCUAGUGCUGAAGUCAAGGUCCACCGAGCACGGAAGACCAUGCCCAAGCCUGCCCUGAGCCUGCAUGCAAGUAAAGACCCCAAAGAAGGGAGAGACAGCAGAGAUCAGAGAGAAUCCAAGGAGGAAGGCAACAAAAAUGUCUUGGAGUUUGGGAAGCCAUUGCCGUUGCCCUCUCUCCCGGGCCUUCACCAGUCACUACCUCAGAACCAGAGCUAUGUGGCCACCACAAAGUCGCAGACGGCUGCUGCAGUAUCUCGGAAGAAAAAACGGAGAAUGGGAACCUAUAGCCUGGUUCCCAAGAAAAAGACCAAAGUGUUAAAACAGAGAACAAUGAUGGAGAUGUUUAAGAGCAUAACUCAUUCCUCGGUGGGCGCCAAGGGUGAAAAGGACCUGGGUGAUGCCAGUCCUCAUGUGAACGGGGAGAGCUUAGAUGUAGACUCUGAGGAGGAGGACUCUGAUGAGCUGGAAGAGGAGGAUGAUCAUGGAGCAGAACAGGCAGCUGCAUUUCCUGCAGAUGAUACCAGGACCUCUAAAGACAGCGUGUCCGACACAGACAAUGCCAGAAAGAUCGAUGAUGGCGAGUCUGAAGAAGAACAGGAGUCUGGAGAAUCUGGCGAGGAGGAGGAAGACGGAGAUGAGUCUGACUUGAGCUCGGAGUCUAGCGUCAAGAAGAAGCUGCUGAAGAGGAAAGGGAAGACGGAUAGCCCAUGGCUGAAACCCACCCGCAAGAGGCGACGGAGGAAUAAAAAGAAACAAGCUGGUGUGCUAGGUGCUGAAGCCUUCAAGUCCUCUCUGGGAGGCAGAGAGGGCUCCGUCCAGGAGAACAGCAUGGAGUACAUGGAAGUGUCCCUGGAUUCCCUAGAUCUGCGGGUGAAGGGGAUCCUGUCCUCGCAGGCGGAAGGUCUUUCCAAUGGCCCUGAAGCCAUGGAAGUUGAUGGUCUCCAGGAAGUUCCUCUCUGUAGCUGUCGAAUGGAAACCCCCAAAAGCAGAGAGAUUACCACGCUAGCCAACAACCAGUGCAUGGCAACGGAGAGCGUGGAUAACGAGCUGGGCCGAUGCACAAACAGUGUGGUUAAGUAUGAACUGAUGCGCCCGUCUAACAAAGUCCAGCUUUUGGUGCUGUGUGAGGACCAUAGAGGGAGGAUGGUGAAACACCAGUGUUGCCCUGGCUGUGGAUACUUUUGCACUGCAGGCACUUUCAUGGAGUGUCAGCCUGAGAGCAGCAUCUCGCACCGUUUCCACAAGAACUGUGCCUCCCAAGUCAACGACACGAGCUACUGCCCACACUGCGGGGAAGAGGCCUCCAAGGCCAAGGAGGUAACAAUAGCAAAAGCGGACACAACCUCGACAGUGUCGCUGACCUAUGAGCAGCAGAAACCAGCAGCUGUGGAGGGAAGGGCUGACACCACAACGGGGAGUGGCACUGGAACGCGGUUGUCAGAGGAAGAUAAGCCAGAAAGUUCAGCUGUGGAGGUGUUCGACAUGGCUGGGUCUUCAGUUUUUCCAAAGCCCACUACAAGCCUCACCCAGGGACCAGUUAAAGAAACCUUGGAAAGUGCCCUGAUUGCCCUGGAUUCUGAAAAACCCAAGAAGUUACGGUUCCAUCCAAAGCAGUUGUACUUCUCUGCUAGGCAAGGAGAACUGCAAAAAGUCCUGCUUAUGUUGGUGGAUGGAAUUGACCCUAAUUUUAAAAUGGAGCAUCAGAGUAAGAGAACUCCUCUUCAUGCUGCCGCUGAGUCUGGCCACGUGGACAUCUGCCAUAUGCUGAUUCAGGCUGGUGCCAAUAUCGACACCUGCUCGGAGGACCAGCGGACUCCGCUGAUGGAAGCAGCAGAAAACAACCACCUGGAAACUGUGAAAUACCUUAUCAAGGCUGGAGCGCUCGUAGAUCCCAAGGACGCAGAGGGAUCCACAUGCUUGCACCUGGCUGCCAAGAAGGGGCACUAUGAUGUAGUUCAGUACCUUCUCUCCAAUGGGCAGAUGGAUGUCAACUGCCAGGACGAUGGAGGCUGGACGCCUAUGAUCUGGGCCACUGAAUACAAGCAUAUUGAGCUGGUGAAGCUGCUGCUUGCGAAGGGGUCGGACAUUAACAUUCGAGACAAUGAGGAAAAUAUUUGUUUGCACUGGGCCGCUUUUUCUGGCUGCGUUGACAUAGCGGAGAUCCUGUUGGCUGCCAAGUGUGAUUUACAUGCAGUGAAUAUCCACGGAGACUCCCCCCUGAAGUGCAGCUCCAGCCCCAGCACUUCCUUCCCUUCCCCUGGUCCUCUGCUCUAUCCAGUUUCUCUCGGGGAUGCUUAUCCUUUGUUGAUGUUUUGCAGUCUCUUUCUUUCCCGUGGCUCGGAUGUUACUUUAAAGAACAAGGAAGGUGAGACUCCACUGCAGUGCUCCAGCCUUAACUCUCAGGUCUGGGUGGCUCUACAGAUGAACAAGACUCUCAAAGAAUCAUCUACUGAGAAGCCUGCUCAGAUAGAGAAGGUAGUGAGCAGAGACAUCGCCCGGGGUUACGAGAGGAUCCCAAUUCCCUGCAUCAAUUCAGUGGACAGUGAGCCUUGUCCCAGCAACUACAAAUACGUUUCGCAGAACUGUGUCACCUCCCCAAUGGACAUUGAUAGAAACAUCACCCAUUUACAGUAUUGUGUAUGUAUAGAUGACUGCUCCUCCAGUAACUGUAUGUGUGGCCAACUCAGUAUGCGUUGCUGGUAUGAUAAGGACGGCCGCCUGCUGCCCGAGUUCAACAUGGCUGAGCCGCCGCUCAUCUUCGAGUGCAACCACGCGUGCUCCUGCUGGCGAACCUGCCGCAACCGCGUGGUGCAGAACGGGCUCAGGACUCGAUUACAGCUUUAUCGGACACAAAAGAUGGGCUGGGGUGUGCGAACGAUGCAAGACAUUCCACUGGGAACCUUUGUGUGCGAAUAUGUUGGCGAGCUGAUAGCUGAUUCCGAGGCAGAUGUCCGUGAAGAGGACUCCUACCUCUUCGACCUUGACAACAAGGAUGGAGAGGUGUACUGCAUAGAUGCUCGUUUCUAUGGCAACAUCAGCCGCUUUAUAAACCACCUCUGUGAGCCAAACCUCAUCCCGGUGCGGGUCUUCAUGUCGCAUCAGGACCUCCGCUUUCCCAGGAUCGCCUUCUUCAGCACAAGGCAUAUAGAAGCCGGAGAGGAAAUUGGCUUUGACUACGGAGACAGGUUCUGGGACAUCAAAGGCAAAUACUUCAGCUGUCAGUGUGGUUCACCCAAGUGCAAACACUCGAGCUCAGCGCUGGCCCAGCGGCAGGCGAGCACCUCGGCCCAGGACACCCAGGAAAACGGGCUCCCCGACACCAGCUCUGCCACGGCAGCCGGCCCCUUUUGAGGCUCCGCUCCCCAGAGACUGACUUGUUUUAACCCUAUAGAUUCACAUACUAUCUGAAUUUCCAUUUAAAGAGAAAACCCGCUCAAGGAAAGCCAAGGGUUCGUGACACUUAGGGCUGUGCCACCGACUGUUACUUGAGGAAUAAGAAAAAGCAAAUCCCGCCUCCAUGGUGUUGUUCUCCCCUCCCCAGUCCUGGGAAGCUGCUGGUUUUUACAGUGAGUGCGGAGGGGUGGCUGGUGCGUUUUUUCCAUGCAAGCUGUCCAGGCCUCCAUCUCUGAAUGUGCUAAGUGUUGUCAGAGCCCAGGGAGAGCCGCCGUCCUCCUCCGAAUCUUGUUAAUUGAAUGGAUCGCUCAUGCCAAGUCAUCUCCAGUUCACUUGUAAUAAACUUUGAAUACUUGAUGGGACUUUCUUUCUAAAAGCCGGGGAAAGCAGGGGGUGGGAAGGGAGGUGCUGGCGCUUUGGUUUUCUUGGCACAGCCCUUGGGGCAGGUU